AAGAUUAAAUCUUCGAGGAGAGAAAAUGGCAUCCACGGAUUACAGUACAUACAGCCAAGCUGCAGCCCAGCAGGGCUACAGUGCAUACACCGCCCAACCCACUCAAGGAUAUGCACAGACCACCCAGGCAUAUGGGCAGCAAAGUUAUGGAACCUAUGGACAACCCACUGAUGUCAGCUAUACCCAAGCUCAGACCACUGCUACCUAUGGGCAGACCGCCUAUGCAACUUCUUAUGGACAGCCUCCUGCUGGUUAUACUACUCCAACUGCCCCCCAGGCAUACAGCCAGCCUGUCCAGGGUUAUGGCACUGGUGCUUACGAUACCACCACUGCUACGGUCACUACCACCCAGGCCUCCUAUGCAGCUCAGUCUGCUUAUGGCACUCAACCUGCUUACCCAGCCUAUGGGCAGCAGCUGGCAGCCACCGCACCUGCAAGACCGCAGGAUGGUAACAAACCCGCUGAGACUAGUCAACCUCAAUCUAGCACAGGGGGUUACAACCAGCCCAGCCUAGGAUAUAGACAGAGUAACUACAGUUAUCCCCAGGUACCUAGGAGCUACCCCAUGCAGCCAGUCACGGCACCACCAUCUUAUCCUCCUACCAGCUACUCCUCUACACAGCGGACUAGUUAUGAUCAGAGCAGUUAUUCUCAGCAGAACACCUAUGGGCAGCCGAGCAGCUAUGGACAGCAGAGUAGCUAUGGUCAACAAAGCAGCUAUGGGCAGCAGCUGCCCACUAGUUAUCCCCCCCAAACUGGAUCCUACAGCCAGGCUCCAAGUCAAUAUAGCCAACAGAGCAGCAGCUACGGGCAGCAGAGUUCAUUCCGACAGGACCACCCCAGUAGCAUGGGUGUUCAUGGGCAGGAGUCUGGAGGAUUUUCUGGACCAGGAGAAAACCGGAGCAUGAGUGGCCCUGAUAACCGGGGCAGGGGAAGAGGGGGAUUUGAUCGUGGAGGCAUGAGCAGAGGUGGGCGGGGAGGAGGACGCGGUGGAAUGGGCGCUGGAGAGCGAGGUGGCUUCAAUAAGCCUGGUGGACCCAUGGAUGAAGGACCAGAUCUUGAUCUAGGCCCACCAGUAGAUCCAGAUGAAGAUUCUGACAACAGUGCAAUUUAUGUGCAAGGCUUAAAUGGCAAUGUGACUUUAGAUGAUCUGGCUGACUUUUUUAAGCAGUGUGGAGUUGUUAAGAUGAACCAGAGAACCGGACAACCCAUGAUUCAUAUCUACUUGGACAAGGAAACAGGAAAGCCCAAAGGUGACGCUACAGUGUCCUAUGAAGACCCACCAACUGCCAAGGCCGCUGUGGAGUGGUUUGAUGGGAAAGAUUUUCAAGGGAGCAAACUUAAGGUGUCUCUUGCUCGGAAGAAGCCUCCAAUGAACAGCCUGCGGGGUGGCAUGCCACCCCGUGAGGGCAGAGGGAUGCGGCCGCCCCUCCGUGCAGGUCCAGGGGGCCCAGGAGGUCCUGGGGGCCCCAUGGGUCACAUGGGAGGCCGUGGAGGAGACAGAGGUGGCUUUCCCCCAAGAGGGCCCCGGGGUUCCCGAGGAAACCCAUCCGGAGGAGGAAAUGUCCAGCACCGAGCUGGAGACUGGCAGUGCCCCAAUCCGGGUUGUGGAAACCAGAACUUUGCCUGGAGAACAGAAUGCAACCAGUGUAAGGCCCCGAAGCCUGAAGGCUUCCUUCCACCACCCUUUCCACCUCCUGGCGGUGACCGUGGCAGAGGUGGCCCUGGUGGAAUGCGGGGCGGAAGAGGCGGCCUCAUGGACCGCGGUGGUCCCGGUGGGAUGUUCAGAGGUGGCCGUGGUGGAGACAGAGGGGGCUUCCGUGGUGGCCGGGGCAUGGACCGAGGCGGUUUUGGUGGAGGAAGACGGGGUGGCCCCGGCGGACCCCCUGGACCUUUGAUGGAACAGAUGGGAGGAAGAAGAGCCGGGCGCGGAGGACCUGGAAAAAUGGAUAAAGACGAGCACGGUCAGGAACGCAGAGACCGGCCCUACUAGACGCAGAGACCCCGCAGAGCUGCAUUGACUACCAGAUUUAUUUUUUAAACCAGAAAAUGUUUUAAAUUUAUAAUUCCAUAUUUAUAAUUUGGCCACAACAUUAUGAUUAUUCCUUGUCUGUACUUUAGUAUUUUUCACCAUUUGUGAAGAAACAUUAAAACAAGUUAAAUGGUA